AUGCUGCCAAAAAUUGGAGCUGUUAAAAUUUUCGUUUUUUUACUGAUUGCAAUUACUAUCGUACAAAGCAAGGAAAAUAAAGUUGUUGAUGAAGUUGAUGGAAUGUAUGAUGAUGAUUAUAAAUUAUAUGCUCCACCUAAUAUGAUUAGACUCGCUCGAUUUUAUUCAAUGUAUAAUAAACCUUCUUCAGCUGAAGAUGUAAUGGUAGGUGGUAAUGUCUACGAUAAACGAAGAGAUAGACCACGUCCAAUGAGAUUUGGAAAAUAA